UAAAGCGUUUAAUUUGUUAAUAAAUAAUUAGCACGAUGAGUGAGUUCAUUAUUAGCUAAGUUUUAUAAUUAUAAUUACAAUUACAUAAAUAAAGGACUGUUUUUGAGGCCAUUUUAAAGUACAUUAUGAAACUAGUAGAACUAUUUGAUGUAACGAAAAAAAAAGAAGAAUUUGUUUCAUUCCUGAACAAACCCAGAUAGCAAAAAUGGGUAGCUUUCUCAUAUCACCACAACGAAACGUGUGUUUCAACGAUCUGUUCGCUGGACGUCAGAAAAAAAAAACAUAAAACAAAUGCACAAAAAGAGACUCCCCAAAGGUGGGCUUAAAUUUAGCCAAACAAAAAGCCUGCCGGGACCCGGUAGUGCGGCCCGCUACGCAAGCGAACCGUGCGCUCCGUGCCGUAUCACCUCUGUACGGGUUGCGAAGAAUUGGUGGCGCACUGAUAAUCGCCAUCGUCCACAAGACAUGCCGGUGGUAGCCUCAAAGUAUAAAACUACCCCGACCACAGACCGACCGGUACAGUGCGGCAGGUUAGCUUAAACCAUUCCAUCAGCGCUUCAGCAGGACAUUCGCAGGACAAACACACAGGAGCCGGAGUACAAAAUGAUCAAACCGUUCGUCUGCAUACUGAUCGUGGCGGCCGGUUGCGCCAACGCCUUCAUGUACAAACACCCGUACAACCACCAUCAGGCGGCGGUGCUGGCCCACGAGCCGGUCGUACCGGUGGAGUUUGUGAAGCACACCACCAGCCCCGCCUUCCGGCCCGCCUCCUUCCUCGAGGUGAUGGAGGUCGUGCUGGACUGCUUCAACACGCUGCGCAUCCCGCUGCAGCGGUUCCCCUCCUACCUGUCCGGCAUCUUCCCGGAGGAUCCGGAAACGAAGUGCUUCCUGCGCUGCGUCGCCAUCAAGCUGGGCGUGUACUGCGACGAGAAGGGUGCCGAUCUGGACCGGCACUGCGUACAGUUCGGGCUGGGCGAAUGCUGCGAAAACUUCUCCAACCGCCAUCUGGUCUGCCUGCAGCAGAACUCCCUGCCCUGCCCGGAUCGGUGCACGGCCGCGUACAAGCAGGAGCUGUGCUUCCAGGAGCCGAUCGCCAAGUAUCUGGACUACCACUUCCACGAUCUGGUCGGACUGUUGCAUCAGGCCAAGUGCAGCCACGAUCUGAAAAUGCUGCAUCCUUAAAAAAAGAAGCCCGUUCGUGUUGGUUGGUGUAGUGUAGCCGUACUUUUCUUCUUUGCGUGUUUGUUUCCGGUGUGUGUGUGUUGUGCCCGAAGGGGUAAGGGUAUCAUCAGCAGCGCGUGGCAUGUGUUAGAGCACGAGCGCUGGCGAUGGUGCCUAAAAACGCAUAAAAACUAAUAAAAAAAUCAAUAGCACAAAAAUAUCCUAAUUUAUUCGUUUUGUUCUGCCCUCGUUCCAUUCGUUGAAUGAUAGAGAAAGGAUGAAUAUUAUGGGCACCGGAAUAACCUUUUCUACCUUCUAUCUCUUUCUGACCAGCUUGCUUCCUUCCACCAAAAAAAAAAAACAGGUCUACUAAACCUCUACGGCUUCAAAUGCGCUAUAUUUACCGUAGACUUGCCAUUUAAUAUGCUGAAAACUUCAAUAUUGUCCCUCUUUCGCUUCGCUUCGCAGAACGCAAGCUGGGAAGUGACAAGGCAAAAACUCCUUUCGCCAACAACGAAAAGGUCGGAAAAGUAGGCGAGCGAACUGCAUGCUCAUCGAAAUGAAACCAUGAGUGUUUGGCUAAUUACGAUUGAAAGAAGGAUUAAUAGUGAUUAACCAGGCACUAGGCAAACUAUUUGUUCCGGAAUGGUGGUAAAAAGGUAAUAUUUUCGAUGAACAGUGCAAUGGAAGCUUUCUUAAUCCGGUUGCAACCCUUGUAACUCCUCAAUAUGUCUUAUUGAGAUCUAAGUAGCCUAUGCCUGAUCGUUCGAGUCCUGAUUAAAAUACUGAAAAAUUAUUUUCCCGAUAUAAACCUGAUAACUGAACAACGUUAAAGCCACUAACUUCAAAUCGACUGGCUUCGUAAAACUAAAUUUAAACGCUUCCUAUUGCUUCCAACCUUUAGAUAUUUCGUGACACAGUAAGAAAUCAAUCGCCUCAUUCCUCUAGAUAUGUGAACAUGAAAUGGCGAAAUUCGCAUAAAAUUUCGACAUGAAACAUGAAAAGCACACGCUCACAGAGACACAACACAAUACCGGGAACAUGCACGAGUUCAGACCGUAAAGCACUUUUCCAAAGAAGGAAAAAACACAGUUUGGUGGAGAAUUUUUCCUCCCUUUUUUUUUUUUUUUUGUUGUUGCACCAAUGCGGUAUCAUGUUUAAACACGCACACAUACACGCUCCCUCAGUGGCACGCGACUGCUGAUUUUCCAAUAAUUAAGUAUUCAUACUUUUUUUUAACAUACGCACACACACACACACACACAGCCAGACGCACAAACUAUCCGCAGGUUACACAAUCUGCCCGCUAUUGUCGUGCUCUCCGAGGACAACCUUGCACUCUGCCUGCAACUUGCUCUUCGGGCGGACGGAUGGCAUGACAUGGUAGGCAGUCGAGCCAGUUCCGCCCCAUUGCGAUUAUUGUGCAGCACACACCCUUCUACCCCAACUUCCACUCCUUCAUGUAAGCCACCAACCACCCACUCCCUUCCAUCCGUUUUCUCCAGGGGCUAAUACAAAAACACAACCCGGUUAAUGGGGUCGGCUCGAAUCAAUAAACCUUCGAGCGAAUAUUUGCCAUCGUCGUGUUACGCGUCGCGCACCGACCGUUGAACUUUUUUUGUUGAUUCUAUCAUCAUCCCCCUCCCCAGUGUAACUAAAGACCGGGCGUGCACAUACACACACACACGCACGCACACACACAGACACACUGACG